AGCUGCUUAAAUAUAGCCAGCGAAGAAUUUACUGGAGCGUAACAGACAUAUCGGCUAGCCAUUUUGUAUGUUUAAUGUCAGUUAUCGAGUAUUUUCUCAUUAUUUAAUUCUCGCUUCUCUACCCAGCGCAGUUUAAUCGGAAUCUGCUUUAGGAGAAACGAAAGUUCUCGUUCCUAAAAUCAUCACAAAUGUCAGAAAAUACUGAACAAACGGAGUAUGAGAGCUCGCCUUCCAGCGGGAUGACAAACCGAGAGAAGGAAAUCGCAGCAAGUGCAUAUGAAGCUUUUGUGGCUGGGAAAUAUGAUGAGUCUCUCAAACACCUUGAAGCUCUGCAGGAUGUAAAUAAAGAGGACUACAAGAUCGCCAUGAAUAAAGCUGUGGUAGAGUUCUUCAGAAGUGGUCAGACCACUUCAGGGACACUCAAGCAAACCCUGAUGGCGAUGAAAAACCGGCUCCACACAUCAGCUGAUGAUAGUGAUGGGUUGGAUGAUGUAGAGAACUGUUUGUUGUAUUAUAACCAAGCCAUCAUCCUCUAUCAUAUGCGACAGUACUCGGAGGCCAUCUCCAUAGGAGAGAAGCUCUACCAGUUCCUUGAACCAUUUGAAGAGAAAUUUGCCCAGGCGGUGUGCUUUCUGUUGGUGGAUCUCUACCUGCUCACCUUCCAGCCAGAGAAGGCUCUUCACCUGCUAGCCUUGCUGGACAAAAUCUCUGCUCAAGGGAACAACAAGAAUGGAAAGGGAGAGAACAACAGUUCUAACAAAGAAGCAGCAAACCAGAGACUAGAGUUCACAGCUAUGCUUGAAGCGGCUAAAUCUAAAAUCCACCAGUACAAAGUCAGAGCCUACAUUCAGAUGAAGUCCUCCAAGGCCUGUAAACGAGAGAUCAAAUCAGUGAUGAACACAGCUGGGAAUUCUGCACCGUCGCUCUUCCUAAAGAGUAAUUUUGAAUAUCUGAGAGGAAACUACCGGAAAGCAGUCAAGCUGCUAAACAGCUCUAAUAUAGCAGAACACCCUGGACCCAUCAAGACAGGUGAAUGUGUCCGCUGUAUGUUCUGGAACAAUCUGGGAUGCAUCCACUUUGCGAUGGGAAAACACAACUUGGGCAUUUUCUACUUCAAGAAAGCCCUACAGGAGAACGACCACACCUGUGCACAGCUGGGAGAUGGCAGCAGUGAGCAAUCUAAGAGGUUCACUGGUGUCCCCAUGUGUGCUUUACUAGCCAACAAACGCUAUGAGCUGUUGUAUAACUGUGGUAUUCAGCUGCUGCACAUCGGCAGGCCUCUGGCGGCGUUUGAGUGUCUGAUGGAGGCUGUGCAGGUUUAUCACUCCAACCCUCGCCUGUGGCUUCGGCUAGCUGAAUGCUGCAUCUCAGCUAACAAAGGGGGGUCAGAGCAGGAAAGUAAAGGUUUACCCUGUAAAAAAGGAAUAGUCCAGAGUGUCAUCGGACAGGGCUACCAUCGCAAGAUUGUUCUGGCAUCACAGUCUUCACAGAACACCGCCUACAGUGACGGCCAGUCAGCAGCCAUUCCUGUAGCCAGUUUGGAGUUUGCAGCCAUCUGCCUGAGGAACGCCCUGCUCCUGCUGCCUGAACACCAGCAGCAGGAACCCAAACCAGAGAACGGCUCCAAAAGCUCCAGUCAGUCAGGAAGCACAGAGAGCGGCAGUGAGAACAGUGAUGUCUGCAGUGGAAAAAGUCUGGAAGCCGAUAAAUUUUUUUCUGCUGCUCCAUCGUCUCCUCUCAGGAAACAGGAGGUUGAAAACCUCAGGUGCUCCAUCCUGGCCUGUAGUGCCUAUGUGGCUCUGGCUCUGGGAGACAACCUGAUGGCUCUGAACCACGCAGAGAAACUCCUCCAUCAGACCAAGGCUUCAGGAUCCUUCAAGUUCCUGGGCCAUCUUUACGCUGCUGAAGCUCUUAUUUCAUUGGACAAGAUAUCUGAUGCCAUCGCUCAUCUCAACCCAGAGAAUGUGAAUGAUGUGUCCGUGGGCGUUGUGCCCAGUGAGCAGGACCAGGGACCUGACAAGGGAGAGGACCCUGUGGAACCAUCAGGGAAGAAGACGCCGUUGUGUUACCCCAGCAGUGUGACCUCAGCUCGGGCCAUGAUGCUCUUCAACCUUGGCAGUGCCUACUGCUUAAGGAGCGAGUACGACAAAGCUCGCAAGUGUCUGCAUCAGGCUGCAUCUAUGAUGAACACCAAGGAAAUCCCACCUGAGGCCAUCCUGCUGGGAGUCUAUCUGGAGCUUCAGAACGGAAACACUCAGCUGGCUCUGCAGAUCAUCAAACGGAACCAACUACUGCCCUCAACUAUCCACAUGAUCUCCCCAGACUCUCGUAAGACAGCCCCCCCGUCCUUCCACCCCAUCCAGCCCAUCCAGAUGCCCUCGUCGUUCACACAGGUGCAGCGUAAAUGAGCCUCCAUGUUUCUGCAUCUUCACUCCACCUAAAGACGGACAGCAGCUGGCUUUUCAUUUCAGUUUGAUCAAUACGAGUGAAAUAAAUAUUUACUGUAUGGAAUGCA